CAGCAGGUCACUGUUUGGAAUGAGUCCUGCUGAAAAGUCGCCUCAGCGGCCGGCGGGCCUGAAGCAGCAGCUGCUCCAAAAACUGCUCUACUGCACUGGAGACAUGCAGCACUUACACACUUACCUACAGGACCAGGCGUUCUCUGUGCAGCUGCUGGAGUGGAGUCUGCGGGGUGUGUCAGGAGUGAUUAUGGUGGAUAACCCUGUGAGUGGAGCUCUGAUUCUGACUGCUCUGACUCUGUCCAGCCGCUGGCAGGCUUUACUGGGCAGCACUGGUCUUCUCACCUCCACAAUCACAGCCAUCAUCAUCGGCCACGAGCGAGCAGAAGUGUCCAGGGGGCAGUUUGGUUAUAAUGGGAUGCUGGUGGCGUUGCUGAUUGGUGCGUCCAGCUCUGCAGGAGACUGGUACUGGUGGCUCCUGCUAUCUGCAUGCCUUGGUGGAGCAACAACUGUGUUUGUGUCCAGUGGUCUAGCCCCUGUGUUGGGCAGGUGGGAUCUCCCCGUGAGUGUGUUUCCCUUCAACACUAUACUGCUGCUGUACCUGGCCUGCAUUGGCACUCACAACCCUUACUACCCUGUACUGCCCCUGGGGGUACCACUGAGCACCAACAACACAGAGCUCAACAUGCCACAGCUCCUGAAGGGGGUGGUGUUGGGAGUGGGGCAGAUUUAUGCCUGUGAUGCUUUGGGCCCCACCUUGCUCAUCCUCUUUGCUGUGCUGAUUUUCUCUCCCAUCAUGGCUGUUCACGCUCUGCUGGGCUCCGGCAUUGGCACACUGGCAGGUCUUUCUGUCGCAGUCCGACAUGAUGCUCUGUAUUCAGGACUGUCGAGUUUUAAUGGAGCUCUGGGCUGUAUGGCUGUAGGAGGACUAAUGUUCACUUUAAACUGGAAAACUCAUGUGUUCUCUAUUGUUUGUGCUUUUCUCUCUUCAUAUGCAGACAUAGCCUUCAGCAAUGUGCUGGCAACUGUUUGUCUCCCUGCCAGCAGCUGGGCAGCAACACUGACCGUCACUCUGAUGCUGCUGGUGAGCGGACCUGCCCUUUCUUCAUAUCGAGUCCCAACUGGACGAAACCCACCUGAUCACUACCUGCACACUCCUAACCAAUGUACUGAGGACAACACAGACAGCAGCCCUGUAUGACUGACACAGACACAAAGACACUUAAAAUUAUGCUCGUGUCACAUGUACAGUAUAUGCAUAAGAUGAAUGAAAACUGAAUGCACACACAUACGCUGCUGCAGCAUAUUUAUCAGCUGUUUCCAGUUUGUCUAACUGUGUGUUCUGUGUGUGUCACCACUUAGAAGAGUUUGAUAAAUGCUUCCCACGGGUGUAAAAUUGGUUCUGCAAUAAAAAACAGCUCCUCAAAAUAGAAAUGUGUGGGUAGCCUGGAGUCAAUCUUCAAUUUUCUCCCUGAAAACACUGUUUAGAAAAUGAAACCGGGACAGAAUUUAUGGCUCGAGGCAAGCUGCCUUAUAUGCAUUGUCCCCCUCAUUAUCUUCCCACCUGCCCUGUAGUUUCUCUCGCUAUUUUUUUAGCACAGAUGAAAUAUUACUUCAAGAGGAGCUGAUAUUACCCUCUCUGGCAACCCAGCUAAAGCACAAAACGCUUUCCAUCCAUCUUCUUAUCCAAUUCUUUCUCGUCAGGGUCACAGAUGGCCCAGAGCCUACACGGGGAAACAAUUCACAUGGAAGGGGAAAUUUAGCUUCAUUCAAUCCAGCUAGAAUAUAAUACUUUUUAGGGAAAUAGGAGGAAAUGGAGCACCUGGAGAAAAAAAAUCACACAGACACAAGGUUCCAACCACUAGGACUUGUUAGGUAGUCUUACAGAUCCAGUACAAAUCCUCUGUACCGAAGAAGUAAACUUCAAACACCAAACUUUUUGAUCUUGGCUGAUUGACUACAUGUGAGGUAAGGAGUCUAUAAUGUUUUUUUUUUUUUUUGCCGAAAUAUGAUGCCACUGUGAUCCGAGAUUGUUGGUUCAAAUCCCAGGACAUGCUGUGCUGUUUGCCAUCAGCAGCCAGAGUCCGAGAGAGCACAAUAGGCCUUGCUCUCUCUGGGUGGGUGGGUAUGUGGCGCUCUCACUCUUUAUCACUUCUAGUGUGAUGUUGGUCAGCACAGGCAUCUGUUGGCUGUUGUAUCAGAACCGGAUUGCUGCAUCUCAGGCAGAACAAAA